UCAGCAACGGUCAUUCCCGGUGUUCCGAGUGGGCAGCCUUGGCUAAACAACUCCGAUGUGAACAACUUUUCUAUCACCCCCGAAUAAAUAGCUCAGAUUUGGAUGAGCACUACUUGAAUAAUAUCCAGCCUUACUAGUAGCAGUUGCUCAUUGUAAAUAUGGAGAAGAUGUAAAUAAUUCUUCGGAAUAAAACAGUAGUGUGUGUAUAAGUCAGUCCUCCAUGGUCAGUCCAAUGACUUUCUAUUUAUGAUAACGCCUCUCUACCCUAAGAGAGAGGUUACGAUACCAUACUUACGGAAGCUAGUACUACUGAAUAGCCAUUUGAAAGCAAUAAAAUGACCUAAAAGGUCAAAUUUAGCAGGGAAAUUAUUGCAAUACACCCCGCUACAGACGUUCAAAAGCUCGUCAGAUGACAAGAUUGCUGGUACUGGAGUUGGCAUGGUGGCUUACUUAACCGGGUUACUGUUCAGGAUAAUUUAUGCCAAAGGUGAACUUCCUGUUUUCUGUUGAAUGUGUACUUUGUACUCGACCCGUGCAUGUCCCGCAUUUGUAAUCUGGGACGUCAGUGAAGUAACAUCUUCGUGUACAUCAGCACAGUGAGUUCAUCUUGAGAGACAUGGCACUCCCUGCCACAUUCAGGAAGCUUGUAGCUACCAAACUGUCACAACACUUCAAGGAUGCAGUGACUUUGCAGACUGUUCCCAUGCUUAAACCAGGACCCAAGGAUAUCUUGGUUCGCAACAGAUUUGUUGGGAUAAAUGCAAGUGACAUCAACAAAACAGCUGGCCGAUACAGCUUAGACGAUAAGCCUCCUUUUGAAAUUGGAUUUGAGUCUGUUGGCGAAGUUGUUGAUCUGGGUAGUGAAGUGAAAAAUGUCAAGAUUGGUCAAGGUGUGUGCUUCAUGCAUAAUGGAGCUUUUUCUGAAUAUCAGGUUCUUCCAGCUAAGAUGGCCAGUCCAAUCCCAUCCAUUCAACCUGAGUACACAGCAUUGUUGAUAAGUGGCAUGACAGCAGAUAUCAGUCUGAGGGAGGUGGGAAGGAUUAAGCAAGGAGAAACAGUGCUUGUGACAGCUGCUGCUGGAGGUACCGGGCAGUUUGCGGUUCAGUUUGCUAAACAAGCUGGAUGCCAUGUGAUAGGAACAUGCUCAUCGGAUGCCAAAGCUGAAUUCCUGAAGAGUCUUGGCUGUGACAGGCCUAUCAAUUACAAGUCAGAAAACUUGGCAGAUGUUCUGAAGAAAGAAUACCCAACAGGGGUUGAUGUAGUCUAUGAGUGUGUUGGUGGAGAUAUAUUUCAUACUUGCCUUCGCAGUUUGGCGCCAAAAGGACGUCUUAUCACCAUUGGCUUUAUCUCUGGAUACAAGGAAGACGCCAUUGCAGCACCAACAAUUCAUCCAAAAGAAGUGCUUGGGCUCCUAUCGAAGUCGGCCAGCAUAAGUGGUUUCUUCCUAUUUACAUACACUGACCAAUGGCGGGCAUCGUUCAUCAGACAAGCUGAUCUCUUUGCCAAGGGGUCACUCAAAGUAGGAGUUGAUCUUGGUACGAACAGCGACAAAGGACCCUUCAAGGGAGUAGAGGGAAUUAUGGAUGCCAUUGAUUAUCUGUAUAGUGGCAAAAAUAAGGGCAAGGUUGUCGUGGAGAUGAAUGAUCCCCUUCCAGCUGCUGGACUGUAAUUGGACAUUCACUGAAAUCAAAGGCUUCCAAUUGGUCAAUCUCUAACACUAAAAGGCUGUGAUUGGCUAGUCAGAGAAAUUCAAGACUUUCAAUAGGUCAGUCUCAAGCGCUGAAGCAUUUUGAUUGGCUAGUCAAGGAAAUUGAAGUUUUUCAAUGCUUAGGUCAGGUAGCACUAUUGAUGAUUGGUUAGUUAGUGAAAUUAUAUACGGACUUCUAAUGGACCAAUUGUGCCCAAUCAGUCACUUGACCUAGAUUGGGUAUCAAACAUCAACAAACAUGUUAUCAUUCCAUAGUUACGUGUCACAUGAGUGUCAUUUACAAAAAAUAAGCAGAUGAUCUGUAAAGUACUCGGACUACUGAUGUGCUGAGUGCUAUUCCGAAACUCGGCUUUAUUGUUAGUAAACAACACUUAAAACACACUUUACUAAGGAAGGACACCAUAUUUGUUGAUGUUUCACGCCUACAAUAGGUCAUGUGACGUAGUAGGCACAAUCAACCUGUUGGUUGGGGUUAAUACAUCUGAAGAUGACUGAUCAACUGACGGUAUAGAAAUUGUGUCAAUUGAAGGGAUUCAGAGACAAUGGAAAAUUACUGAAAUUUUUUAAAUGUCAAGUCAGUUGGAAUAAGAGGUUUGAAAAUUUGAUCAGAGUAGGAAAUAGGAAAUGUAUCAGCUAUUUUUUUAUCAAAGGAAGUGUGAAAAUUGGUUUGUUGCUACAUACAAGUCAUAUCUCGUUUUAAUGUAUAUGUAGUAAAAUUUGAAAUUUUUUACUUUCAGUGGUUUUAAAAAGAUAGAUAUUUUGAUUGAGUACAUGUAGAAUUUAAACAGUUCAUGAGAACAGCGUUAUUUCUUGUGCACAUGUUGAAGGCAAUACAAGUGAACAAUGAUGAAUGCAACCUUAACAUUUUGCAGAGUGUAAAAGCAACUCAUCUGAACCAUAUUUCUGAUGCAGAAACAUUAUGGAUCACAUCAAACAAAAGACACUUUUUCCCACAAUGCACUGUAGUAAGCGUUAUGUUUUAGGUCUAUUGAAACUAUCAGAAAGUGAUUAAACUACAUCCACACGGAUAACGGUGGCAGGUUCCAAAAAAAAAAUAACAUGUACAAACCCCGGCCCCCAAAUUCCUCAAAAUCUCCACUUUUUUAUGGAUUAUGAACUUGGUCCAGGAAGCCUGAAGCACUGCAGGCCCAUGUUGUCAUGGAAGCAGUACUAAAAAGUUAUGAAAAGUAAGCCAUGUGUAAUACAUGUACACCCAUCAACAAAGACCAUCAUGCUAGUGGUGGACUUUAUGUAAGAAAUGUGGAUUGCACAGGGAGUGUUGGAUUUUGAUGGAUUUGAUCCAGUGACUAGUAAAAGACAGUAGUUAACUGGAAAGUAAAAAACCAUUUAACACACGGGCGCAAUGAAAGUUUCUCCCUUUCAAUGAACAAUUUUAUUGCCACUUCACACAACAAGAGUUAUUUUCAAGAAUUCAGGGAGCUCUAAAGUAUAUGCAGUAGGAGAUUUAAUU